UGGACCUUUUCCGCAAUAACAGCAGCUGCUAGUUUGCAGUGGGGCGAAGACACUGGGCUUUGUAAUGACGAAAUUGUUUUGAAUGAAUGAAUGAACACAUCGACCUCUACCAAUAAUGUUGUGUUCCUCUCGUCUGCCUCUCAUUUUCGCAGGAAAUAAAGCUUUCUGUUCGAGUGUGUGAAAGUAAAGGAAUUUUGAAAGAUGGAUGCUAUAGAGUUGCGGCAUCAAGCAAUCCUUGCUCAUCAGGCUGGAGCACUUGAGCAAGCAUUAUUGCUAUUUACACACAGCAUACAACUCACACCUCCAAGCAGACCACACUAUGCUGGCAAACUACUGGGAGAAAGAGCAGAUUGUUAUUGGGACUUGGGAUGCAAAGAAGAUGCAUGCAGUGACAUGAAGAGAGCUUUAGAGCUAUUUCCAGGAAUCAGAGAUGGUGCAGAAAAAUGGGUACACAGAGGCUUUGAAGCCAAUAAAGAAGAGAACUGGUCUGUUUCCACUCAGUGUUUUACUUAUUCACUGUUGUUUUGUCCUCGCAACAAUAUUGCCUUGCUCUCCACUCUGUACGCUUCAAGAGCAGAAACAAACUACAGAACUGAGAGAUUUGUGGAAGCACGCAGUGACAUUGCAAAUUGCUGGAAGGUUGACCCUGCUUUGGUUAAGCAAGAAGGCAGGCGCUGCAAGGAUAAAGGCAUCCGGCUAUAUCAAGCACACAAGUACAAUCAAGCCAUUGUUUCUCUUGGACUUGCAAAGGAGUUUUUGCCACGUUCUAUGAAUGAGUUUCAUGCACAACUACAGAGCUAUUUGGCAUCUUGUUAUUUUAGUCUGCAGCAGUAUCCAGAAGCAUUAGAGGCUGGUAAAGAGGCAUACAAGAUCAGGCCAGGGAGGGCUCAGGGUGAGGCAAAAAGGUGGAAGGAAAGAGGCAAACAACUUUUUAAAGAAAACAAGUUGGAUCUGCUAGUUGACUGUUAUUCUCUGGCAAUCAACUAUGCUCCUACCAGUGAGCGAGAACUGCUGGCGCAGCUACUGUGUAAUCGCUCUCUGGUCUUUAUAAGAAAUAACAUGUAUAAGGAGGCAGUCUUGGAUGCUGAGCGCUGUGUCAAGAUUAGGAACAACUGGUCAAAAGCACAUUAUAGGCUGGGAUCAAGCUUAGCUGGUUUGAAGCGUUAUACAGAGGCAAUGCAUUCUUUUGCUACAGCUCUUGAUCUUGCUGAAACCGAGGAGGAGAAGUAUGACACUCUGCUACAGAUCACCACGGUAGCCCCUGAGGCAAGAGAUGGAACAAUGGGUGUAGAUGAAGGAUUUUGCUCUCAAGUCAUUAUCCAGAGAGCUGUAGAUGAUGCAAUAUCAAAGCAGGACUGGGAGAGGCUUGGUGUGUUGUUUGUUGGUGGUGGAGGCCCUUAUGAUGCUCCUGUUGGGGAAGGAGGGCUAGCUAGUGGAUGUGACUCCUCUCAAGUGCCUUUAGAUCUGGUCAUAGCAUCAAGUGUGGCCUACAAAUCAAACCUUUUGACAGUACUGUUGGAGUUUGGGGCUUGUGUGGAUGGACUGCCACUGUGUCAAAAGCCUCCCUUAUUAACAGCAUUGGAGAUGGAGGAAUUUGACAUUGCAGCUAAGCUGAUAAGUGAGGGUGCUCAACUGGCCUGUGUUUCAAAUCAGCCUCAGCUCCAUUCAAAGGCUCAAGCAAAUUUCUGGAAAGGAGAAGCUAACAAGAUGAUCCAACGCAUGGAAACAGAGAAAGCCUCCCAAUGCUACAACUUAGCAUUAGAAUAUGCUCCAGAACAAGCCAUAGAACUCAAGAGGGAAUGUUUUGAUGUGCUAGCUGACAUCUGUUUUGAGGGCUACAAGUUUACAGAGUGCAUUGAAUAUGGAGAAAAAGGAUAUGCUCAACCAAUGAAAAAUGAGGAGUCUGUUCAGAAAUGGAGAGAACGGGGAAAUAAACUGUUCAAAGAGAGAAAGUAUGAGCUGGUGGUCCAAUAUUACUCCUUGGCAAUGAAGUAUAUACCAGAGACCAUGGAGAAUGUGCAAAAGAUGAGAGCAGUCUUGUUAAGUAAUAGAUGUGCUGCUUACAUUAACCUGGAGAGUUAUGAUAAGGCAAAGGAAGAUGCUGAGAGAUGUGUUCAGGUUGAACCUCAGUGGUCUAAGGGAUACUACCGUCUUGGGUCCUGCUUAAACUACCUUGGUCAGAACUUAGAAGCCCUCAGAAGUUUUUGUGAUGGACUUAAAAGGGCAGAGACAGAUGAUGACAAGUUUUCCCUUGCGUCUCACAUAAUUUCUACGGCUAUGGAUGUAAAAGAUGGAACACUUGCGAUGACCUGUCGCAUUCCCAGAGCCACAGCACAGAGACUGAUCAAAGACGUCUGCGCCAAGAAGGAAUGGAACAAGCUGCAAUUGCUAUUCCUUGGAGGUGAUAGUCAAAGGUCAUUUGACAAAGGUCGUGGAGGUGUUGCAACUGGAUGUAAUGCUGGAAUUGUUCCUAUUAGUCAAGUGCUUGAGUCAUCUGUACACGACCGUGAUAAGCUUAUUGCUGUGUUGCUGGAUCAUGGAGCUCUUGCCAAUGGUCUGCAUGGUUCUAAAAACCCACCUUUGUCUGUUGCUUUGGAGAUGGAACAUUACGGUAUUGCCUAUACCCUUUUGAAGCAUGGAGCUGAUCCAUCCGGGAUUUGUUGUUCAAGAGUUACAGGGUCUCAUCACCGUGAGAGUCGAGGUCAUUUCUGGAAAGAUGAAGGUGUCAGGGCUUUGAGUGCAAAGGAUUACAGUCAAGCUAUCAAAUUGUUGAAUUUAGCUCUUCAGUUUCCAAACAAUUCAGCAGAUUUGAGUUAUAUUGUGAACAACUCUCUGGCAACAGCAUAUUUUGAAACAAAGCAAUAUGUGAAGGCAGUGGAGAAAGGCCGGGAAUGCUUUAAGUUUAGACCAACUAAAUCACAGACGGAAGCAAGUAAGUGGAAAGAGAGAGGCAAGAGGCUUUUUUCUGAGAAGGAAUUCUCUACUCUAGUUGAGUACUACACUUUGUCCAUGCAAUAUGUUCCAAGCAACGACAAGGAAUUUCUGGCUACGCUACUGUGUAAUCGUGCUCUAGCUCAUUACAACAUCGGCAACUACCAACAAGGUCUUACAGACGCCAAGAGCUGUACAAGAUUCAGGCCAGAGUGGUACAAGGGUUUUGUGCGGCAAGGAUUCUGUCAUGCAUGCCUGGAUCAGAAUAGAGAUGCUGUAAGAGCCUUCGGUGAAGGAUUGAGAAGGGCAGAAAAUGAUGGAGACAAGUUUGCUAUACUUUCUCAAAUCGUGGAUCUGGGCCUCAAUCUGUCAGAUGGAACUUCAAGUAUAACGUGCAGUGUAUCAAACCCAACUCUGGAAAAGCUGAUCAAGCAGCUGUCAGAGAAAAAGGCGUGGGACAAGUUACAUGUCCUAUACCUUGGGGGUGGAGGACCUCAGCGCUAUUCACCAGGUGAGGGUGGCCUAGCGACUGGUAUUGAUGCAUCCGGGAUACCUAUUGAGCUUGUGUUUGGGGCAGCUGAAAAGUACCGGGUUCCUCUCAUUGCGGCUCUUUUGGAAAAUGGUGCCUCCUCUAACGGACUUGGCAAGGCAAGCAAAUGCCCUCUGGAACUAGCCAUGGAGAAUGAAGAAUACAACAUGGUGGUUACAUUGCUACAGUAUCACGCCGACUCUGCGUGUAUUAUGAGUAAAGCUGGUGAUUCACUUCUGCACGAAGCUUUGAGGCAAGCAUUUGCAACCGGGAACACUGGACUAAUUCAAGCCCUUCUUAACUCUGAGCUGUUUGACCCUGACACGGUAGAUAGCAGCGGGAACACGCUCUUCCACCUAGUGGCCUUUGGAAAUUGCUCCAGGAGGAAAUGCGGAAUUAUCAGUGUUCUAACAGAUGCGGGAGCCAAUCCAAUCGUAAAAAACACGGACGGCAAGGUCCCGUUGGAUUAUCUAACUAAGAAAGACCCGCGGGCAAAGUUGAUCAGGCAGGCCAUUAACUCUUACAAGAGUUGCAAGAAGUCGGAUGGUGGUAAGAGGAAGAGGAAAGUUGGGAAACAAUCAGAAAAGACAGUGCCUGGACACGAAACAGCAGCAGGAGAGGAAGGAGUUCAGGAAGAGGCAGAGAAUGAGUGGUGUAAUGCUGCAGAUCAGGAUAUACCAGAAGGCAAGCAUCAAGUUGUAAAGGUGAAAGCUGGAGAUAAAAAGCCCAUGCCGGUAGCCGUACUGGUGAAGAAAGAUCCUCUGUAUGACCUUCGUGCGAGCAUCAAGAGCAUGAUUGAAUGCAUCAGUGUUGAGACUUUGAUGGAAACCGAGAGUGAGAAUGCAAGCGGGGCUGUGGACAACUCGGAAAUUGAAACUACAAAAGAUGACCCUAGGAUUGAACGGCUCGACAAGGAAGAACAUCAUGUCCCUGACAUCGAAAGAAUUAUAGAUGACGAGGACGAUGAAGAGGCAACUGAAGAAGAACUCGAGGUAGACCUAGAGUCCCCUUUUGAAGAUUUGCCAUGGGAAGUGGACUGCACAGACCAAUUCUGGAAAGCUCUACAGAACACUAACGUCAGUGAUUCCUUAAAGCGACGUAUUAUCGGCAAGAUUCGGAUGCUGGCUGAGGGUCGAUGGACAAAUACACUUUGCAGGAGGUUGGAUGGAAUGCCUAAAAAACGCAAUAUCAUGCUGUUUGAGGCCAAAUUAACACGAGCUUCUCGGAUUAUUUGGGAACUGACAGUCGCGUUUUCAGCCAAAUGCAGUAAUGAUCCUGAGUUAAGAAUACAAACGGAAACAUCUGUUGGGAGAAUUUAUUCCGAAAUUAUUCGUGUAUGGGACGUUGCAGCGGACCGAGAUGGCCUUAUGGCGAAAGUUGAGAGCAUCGUUAAGUCUCAUGAUAGAGGAUUGAGUUGUAACGUGAAAAAAGAGUUGUCUGGAUUUAGGAAAGGAAAUGAUAAAGUGACAAAUGCCAGUGGCGAACGACUGCCAAAUUUCUUUGUUGAACUGUCUGAAAAAGUAGAGGAUUUCUCGCAAGCGAAGACAACGAAACUUGAAAAGUCCUCCGAUAAAUGUAGAGGUUCGCAGUUCUUCUUCCCACCAGCAAGUCCAAAUGAUAUGGAGUUCCACAUUCUUAAAUUCUACUCCUUUUCCUCACCCUUGAUUAACUCAGUUCUUCACAGUAACCCUACAGCCAAAGUGGAUUUUCCCUUUAGAGUUACUGAGCUUGAGCACGCUAUUAUCAACUUGCGUCAAAGUCAACCAUGCCCUAUCAUUCUUCUCGGUCGAAGUGGCACCGGUAAGACAACCUGCUGUUUAUACAGGUUGUGGAAUGAGUUUCAGUUUUAUUGGGAGAAGGCGGCCACUGCAGGACCUCAUAUCCCUAAAGUCACGCACUAUUUGCCCAAAGCUGAUUCCUAUGGAAGUAUCACAGCUUGUGAGCUGCCAGAGGAAUUACCCCUCCAGUUGUCAAGUUCCAAUGUUACAGAAGACAUUGUAGAGCACUCACCAACAGACGAGUUUAUCAGAGCCAAGGAUGCUCGGCGCAAAGACUACGAAGAAGGCGACGACACAGUAGAACCUUCCGAGUUUGAGGAAACGACAGCUGCCCAGUAUGAACAUCUGCAUCAGGUCUUUAUUACAAAAAACUCGGUGCUUUGCAGUGAGGUUCAGAAAAAUUUUUCCGAGCUCAGCCACGCUUGUCCUGCCGCAAGGGAACACGUGGAAAAGGAAACCACAGCUCUGCCGUCCAGAAUUCAAGAUAUCGAUGAUGCUGCGUGGCCUCUUUUUAUUAAUUCUCGUGACUGGUUGCUUUUAUUAGAUGCCUCCCUUCCUGGCUGCGAGUUUUUUCCUCGUGACGAGGAUGGCAGUCUGUUGAGAAAGAUUUACGGAUGGGGAGAAGAAGAAUGUCACUUGGUGGCUAUUGAAGACGAUUCUGACAGCGAAGUCGAGGAGCAAGACGAUGUGCAUGUCAAUGACACAAAUGAUGUUGUGUGUAACCGGUCGGAUCCCAAAAGCUUUGACCCCAGACGUGAGGUCACUUACGUUGUGUUCGUAUCAGAGCUGUGGCCAAGAAUGGUGAAGAAAGUUAAGGCUCAGUACCAUCCAACUCUAGUCUGGACUGAAAUCCGAUCUUUCAUCAAGGGAUCCGUUGAGGCCUUGCAUGCUGAACACGGUUUCUUGACUUUAGAAGAAUAUUCAGAUCUUGGAAGGAAGCGAGCUCCAAACUUCUCUGCCGAUCGUGAAGUUGUUUACUCUCUUUUCGUUAUGUACCAGAACACUAAACGAUCAUUGCGAAUGUUUGACGAAGCUGACGUCGUUCACAACAUUUACACUCGUCUGCAGAAAGUCCAAGUCCCUGAUUGGUCUGUUCAUCGGUUCUACGUUGACGAAACUCAAGAUUUCACUCAAGCUGAACUGUGUUUGCUGAUCCGUUGUAGCCGCGAUCCAAACGGUCUUUUUUUCACCGGUGACACGGCUCAAAGUAUUAUGAGAGGAAUUGCGUUUCGAUUCAACGAUUUGAAAUCAUUAUUCUUUUACUCGCAGCAGUCUUACCAAUCCCUUGGCUUUCAGUCGGGAGUUAGGGUCCCAAAUAAACUAUAUCAGUUAACACACAACUAUCGCUCGCAUGCAGGGAUUUUGCGGCUCGCCUCUAGUGUUGUGGACCUGUUACUUCAUUACUUUCCAGAGUCUUUUGAUCGCCUUGAGAAAGAUCAAGGAUUAUUUGAAGGACCUAAACCUGUGCUGUUAGAGUCAUGUAGUUUCGGCGAUCUGGCGAUGAUUCUUCGAGGAAAUCGUCGGCAAUCUUCGAGAAUUGAGUUCGGUGCACAUCAAGUCAUACUUGUGGCCUCAGAAGAAGCUCGGGAUCAGAUGCCCGAUGAGUUGAAACAAGCUCUAAUCCUAACAAUUUACGAGUCGAAGGGCUUGGAGUUUGAUGAUGUCCUAAUUUACAACUUCUUCAAAGACUCUCAGGCUAAAAAAGAGUGGCGAGUUGUGACCUCUUACAUGAAAGAGCUCUCAGAAGGAAGGAUCGUAGACACCUCAGGACUGAUAGAACUCGCUGAAGAGGACUUAGAAAUAACAUCGCGUCCCCUUGACUUUGACUCAGACAGACACAAGGUGCUCAACUCUGAGUUCAAGUUUUUGUACACGGCCAUUACUCGCGCAAGGGUCAACGUGUGGUUCUUUGAUGAAGACGAAGAAACCCGGGCACCAGUGUUUGAGUACUUCCAAAAGCGUAGCCUUGUUCGCGUGAUACGCAUGUCAGGUGAAGCUAACGAAACAGAUCAGCUGACCAGUAUGUUCGUGGAGAAGUCAGCAGAAGCUGAGUGGUGCCAGCAAGGGCAUUAUUUUUAUAACAAAGAGCUAUGGGAGGUGGCUGUAAAAUGCUUCACAAUGGCCAGCGAUCAAGUUAUGAUAAAGAAGAGUCAAGCCCAGUUGCAGGCCGCUGAAGCAAGUAAAAUAAAAGGUAACCCUAAGGCGAUGAGAGCACAGUUCCUGAAGGCUGCGGAUCAGUUUUUACAGUGUGCCAUGUUGGAUGAGGGCGCCAAGUGUUUGCAUAAUGCUCGCGAGAGACUGUUGCUCGCCAGACUAAAUAAGAAAUUAGGAAAGUUUGAAGACGCAGCGAAACAGCUCAGGAAGGAACGCUAUUACUUGGAAGCCAGUCAGUGUUAUGAGAUGAUUAAUGAUUACCACCAAGCGGUGGAGGUACUGUGUCAAGGCAAUCUCUACAAGGAGGCUAUCGAUACCUUACAGCGGUACAAGAGUCUGGUGGGAGCUGAUACUAGUAAAGGAGGAAUCCGUCCACCCAGAGAGUCACGGACGGUGGAGCGACUGUGUCAUCAACUGGCGGAAGAACAUUUCAGUUCUGGCCGUCUUGAUGAAAUGGUCUCCGUCCUUGAGGGUUUACCUUCCACAAACGAUCGAAUCCUUUUUCUGGAGAACCACGGGUGUGUUCAAGAAGCUAUGGAGGCACUGGUCGAUGAAGGCAGAUACACAGAUGCUGGCAACCUCUUGAGCAAAAAUGGCAGAUUUAUUGAAGCGGUAAAGUUUGUACACACGAAGAGCUUUGCAGCCGAGUGCUUUCUGUCCGCAGCACGAUGUGCCCAGAAUCAUGCUUGUUUUAAUGAACGUCGUGAUUUGGUUGAGGGAUCUGCUGAAAGAGCUUUGGAACUAUUUGAAGAUUGCAACGAUGAGAACGGUCAGGCGCAAUGUCUGCUGAUUCUUGCGAGAUUGAAUGAAGAUGUGGAAGAUGCCAGAAGUGCCCGGGAGCUAUUUAAGAAAGUAAACAAUAUUUGUGGCGAGGUAGAGGCAUGUCUCGAGCUUUUCACCAUUUCAAAUGAAGAUGUUGCUCUUGUUGAUUUUCCUGGUGUCUUUGUUACUAGCUUGAACAAACUGUUCGGUCUUAUUAUGGCGCUCAAUAAGCCUCAAAAAAGUGUCGUGGAGCUUCAGAAGGUGGAAAUGUGCGAGGCGUAUUUUGGUGUUUUCAAGGGAGAUAAAUCAGACGUGAGAUGCGCUUUUGUCAACAGUGGUGCGCUGUUCGUCACGUCUGUCCCUUACAGCCAAGAUGAAGUUAAGGUUGACAAAGUGGUACUUGAUGAGGGAACCGCACGAUGGCGAAUUGCAAGACACUUGUGUGACCUGGCUUUUGAACUAGUCCAGAACAUUGGUCAAAGAGUAGAAUCCAGUGUACGUUUUCAUGGUAUCUGUCGAAAGUUCCUUGUUGGCUUGAGUUGCAAUCCUGGACAUUGUCAGUUUCAUCACGCUGAGUUCUCACAGUCACAUUUUGAAAAGCUGUUUACUGCCUUGUGCACUCAAAUUCAUGUGAACGCCUUUGUUCAGUUAUUCGCAGAUGCCAUUGGCCGCUUCGUCCCUGAGAGAAAGCUUUCGCAAAAGCUGCUCACUCGUGAAAUACAAGACUUUCAAGCGUGUCGGCAAUUGUACGACCUUCUCUUUCCAAAGAUGGGCUUGCAUAUUUCUUUCCUUGGUAGAGAACACGUUCGCUUUCUUCGCAGGCAUAGCGCUAUCAGAGAGCGCUUGUCCAGUUACGCGGAGUUCUCAUGGAAGAUUACAAAGGAAAGCCAAAGAUGGGUGAACCCUAACAAGUUCUUUAAGAUCUCACGGAUCCUUAACCUGGUUGGACAACCCGGCAAGAUCGGGGCUCUGCUCUCCGUAGAGGAAAAAGGCUUUGCAAUGAGGAACAUGCCCUGCGAUGGAAUGCUCCAAGACAAAUACCAUGGAGGUUUCCGUAGUUUCUUCCGUUUGUUUCAGGAGGGUAACUCUGUCCUCCAUAUGUACGGUGAUGUCUUGAAUGCUGCACACUCCUUUAUCAGGAGAUUCUUCAGCGUGAUCGCAUGGAGGUCUUCCAUUCCUUUUCCUUCCGCUGCCAACACAAGUGCCGUCUUUGAGCACCAAUUAGUCUCGUGUCUGGCGUUGUUUGCAUGUUUGUUUAAAGACUACGAGAAUCCAGUCUGUCUACCCGAGAGCUAUCUCCAUCUGAUUGACUUCUGGGACGCAGUACACGGUUCAGACAAGUUCCCCUCCUUGUUUAGUAUCGUUGAAGCCACAGCCGCGAGAAUUCCUUCUUUCAAAGGAAUCCGAGGAGUCCAGCGUUUACUGGAGUACACAGUCCAGCUAAUGUCAGGACAAGUCCACGGUCGGUUCAACUUAAUAACCAGUGCUUUCAGUGUCAGUUCAAUUGAGCGCGCACGGCUGUCAGGUGAAUCAGAGAGAAUUCUGAUUUUGGCUAUGACCAUGUUGUGUAACUACGGUAGUGGUAUCCCAGCAGCUCCAUGUGGCCGUCUCAUCCAAUCCUUGCGCAGUGUCACCGUUCACCCACUCUUUCCCGUUCGAGUACAGAGGGCACUGAAAGCCGUACAAAACGCCAAGGGUGUUCGAGACGUUGUUACCGCAAUGCAAACUUUACUAUCGCAAAGGAACGAAGCUUUAUUUUCAGUUCGUUGGUGCAACGGAGGGUUUCUCACUGCCGAGGUGAAUGUUGCUUACUUCAAGCAGUCGUUUAGCACUGAUCCGGCUCCUUGGCAUUCGCAGACCACGGACUCAAGUGAGCCACUCGUAGAUGUGUACUCUCCAUCGGAGUUUCAGAUGCCAACAGGAUACCUGGAAGAACAGAGGAAGGAGCGCGCUUUAGAAACCAAGCGUGAAAAUGCAGCUGUUAAAAUUCAGAGAUGGUUUCGUCGAAUCAAACGCGAAACCCCGGAAACUACACCGUACGAUAAAGUUGAAGAGCAGUCAGCGGACUCUGAUACACUCCACUUUGAGCGUUUUAAGGUAGACGCUUCAGCUUGUAGUAUAUGCUGUGUGCGCUUCAGCGACAAGUCCGAGGGUGGAAAUUACGAGUCGCACAUUGUUAAAGAGAGUCAGCACUGGCGUCAGCUUCAUUUGUUCAAACAAUACAAACAGCUGUUUGUCGGGAAGAUCUGGCCUCUGUUUAAAGCUGAGAAGGAGCUUCGUGACGAGUUGAAUGCUCUAGCUGAACGGAAUAGGGUUGGUUCGCACGAUUUUGGUCUUGAUGUCCAGCGGCUUGACCACGUUGGUGCACGCGUAGGUGAAUGUGUGCGAGAUAUCGAGUCCCGUUGUGAGUGGGGUGAUACGGGCCGCUUGAUGCAUGAAGUCGAGGCUUUGGGAGCGACCAUUAAGGAAGUACAGGAAAUUGUAAGGCAAGACCUACAGAAAUUGCGAGGUGUGGGAACAACGGUUGAAAGAUCAGACUACCCUGAAGGAAAUGAAGACUUUGCUGAUGAAGAAGACAUCUUGGAUUUGCGUGGGCCUAAAGAGGGCGGAGCCAAAGGGGGAGGAGGAGGAAAGCGAGAUGGCAAGAAGAGGAACCGGGGAAAACGUGGGCGUGAUAAAACACGUUUUAGACAGUCAUGAACGUUCAGUUCUGUGAAGGAAGAUUUCUAAUGAGAGUUAGGGCCAUUUUCAAAUGCAGCUUUUGUAGAGGCUCAUUUUUUGCUUUAGCAAAUGGUCUUUGGAUAAAAAAAAGUAUCUAAGUGGACUGUAUAAGUUCAGUUAAAAGAACUGUUAUCUUUUUCCUUUUUUUUUCCUCCUACGUCUAUUACUUCGUCACGAUUACUUAUUUCGAUAUUCUAAGAGCAGUUGCUCAAGACAUGAUGAAGAAAUAUCGACAGAAAUGCUGCAACAUCUUAGAACUUUGAGUAUCCCUUAGGACUUUGUUGAUUGUUUUGUUUCAGUGUAGGAUGGAUAAAAUAACGUUACUUUAACAUUGCCUUUAUCUAUUGAGUCACAAUUUAAACACGACUCUUAUUUAAAUUAGUGUUAGUCAUUUUAGGAGUAAUUUUCCGGCAGAUUUGAGUAAGUGCCCAUGUUUCCUGCGUGACUUCAAAUUAAUUAAGGUGUUAAGCGAGCAUGGGAAAUAAAUUAAAUUUUUAUUGAUUACUCUUAUUUAAAUUAGUGUCAGUCAGUUGAGGAGUAAUUUUCCGGCAGAUUUGAGUACGUGCCUAUGUUUCCUGCAUGACUUCAAAUUAAUUAAGGUGUUAAGCGAGCAUGGGAAGUAAAGUAAAGUUUUAUUGAUUACCA